AUGAACAACGAAUUAAUUAACAGUGCAGUCAGCUUUUUAAAAGAUGCUAAUGUGUCAUCUUCUCCUUUGAACAAAAAAAUUGAGUUUUUGGAAUCAAAAGGGCUUAAUGAACAAGAAAUCGAGGAAGCGUUGAAGCGAGCUAAUGGACAAAGUUCCUCAAACCAACAAACAGGUAAUCAACAACAAGUGACGCAACCACCACAUCAACAAUCAUUACAAUCUCAGCCACCUAUUGAUUAUUACAAUGUAGCAGCGCCUCAGGUUCCAGAAAGAACAUGGCAAGAUUACUUUAUCAUGGCUACGGCUACAGCUGGGGUAACUUAUGGGUUGUAUCAAGUUGUUUCAAAAUAUUUGAUACCAAGCAUUAUUCCACCUACACAGAAAUCGAUAGAUGAUGAUAAGGCCAAGAUUGAUGAAGAAUUUAUUAAGAUAGACAAGUUAUUAGAGCAGAUGUCUAUGGAACAGAACGAGAUUAAGGAAUCGAACGAAUCAAAAUUAAAAGAAAUUGAUAUUGUCAUUGAAAAUGUCAAUGAUUUCCUUUCUAAAUACAACAAGGACAAGUUGAAAUUUGAUGAUGAUUUGCGGUUGAUGAAAUUAGAAAUAGACAAUUUGAAAAACAGCAUUGAAAAGAAUAUGCUGCUGACGAAAGAAAAUAUCCGAGACGAGUUGAAAGAUAUUGCCGAAGAAUUGACGUCUUUGAAGCAAUUGAUUAAGGUAAGAGCUGAAAAGUCUGCCUCGAGCGAUGCUACCGGACCAUCAAGAAAAAUUGCCCCUGUAUCCUCAAUCCCGUCUGCGUCGGAGAUCUUAAAGAAAGCGAAAGCAGCAAGCUCUAAUGGUGCCAAUAAACCUAAUGCAUCCAAUAGUACACAUACAGCUGAAUAUGUAUCUGCAAGCUCUGCUCCAUCUCCUGAUAGUACUGCAGGUGAGCCUUCUAAAGCUUCGACGUCCCCUAAGGGCGUAUUUGCAUCUGGUAUACCUGAAUGGCAAUUAAAGCAUAAACAGCAAGAAGAAGAGGAAGAGAAAAAGAAACAGAAUGAAAACGAAGAUAACUUACCGCCUAAUUCGGAGUAUAAACCGCAUACUGAUCCGGGCACCAAUGAUAAUGUUGUUAAAACUAGUCUUGCAAACGUAGGUGUUCCUUCUUGGCAAUUAAAUUCCAAUACUAAUUCUGGUUCUAAGUCAGAAUCAAAUCCACCAGACAAUAUUCCUUCAUGGCAAUCCAAUGCUUCUGUCUAA